AAAAAAAACACACAAACAGACGUCUCUCUCAUCAUCCUCCACCUGGGUUUAGGGUUUCAAUUAGAGUACUUCGAUCGAUCUGAAACCCUAAUUCACCAUCCAAAAUGUCUCAAACUGGAAAAUUAAUGCACAAUCUCGACCAAAACAGCACGAAGAUCCUCAAUCUCACUGUCCUCGAGAGGAUGGAUCCGUACAUCGAGGAGAUCUUAAUCACCGCUGCUCACGUCACAUUCUACGAGUUCAACAUCGACCUCAAUCAAUGGAGCAGCAAAUUAUGGACCAAAAAACAUGGCUUUGGAAGAAAAGAUAUGCCAAGAAGUCGAUCGACGCAAACAGUGAAUCUGAAAAUGAGGCAGAGAUCUGAAUUAGUUUCAGUUUGAUGAUUAAGAUCUGAGUUUGGUUCGAAGAAGGAACUAAAUCAAAGAAAAUCUAGUUAUACACGCGCAUCACGGCUGAUUUUGUCCAAAGGAAAGAAUACUGAAUCUGUUGAAGGGACUACUGGCAGCUUGUCACUACAUUUAGUGCGGAAAAUGUGCACUACAUUACAAGCAAACGAUUCGGUAGUAUGCAAACCACCACCACCGCCGGUUCAGAUGAACCGUUGAAGCUCGCUCUAGCAAUGGCUCUUCUUCGUUCUAAGCUCGUGAACAAAACUUCUGAAACUUCUCAUCCUCCAUCUGAUACCUCCAGUUCUGAAGCUCUCAAAUGGAAACGCAAGGUACAUCAACUGAUGAAGAAGAAAAGACAUGUUUCUGGAGGGAAAAGAACAGUGAAUUUCUGAAAAAGAAACAAGCUGAACAAAAGAAGGACUCGAGAACCUGUUUCAAGUGCAACAACGUUGGACAUAUCGCCAAAGAUUGUUCUCAGGCGUUACAAUCAAAACAGGGAGUUUUUCGCAAAAUCUCAGAAAAGGUGUUUGCGUUCGAAUCACCACUUGAUAGAACAAAAUUGUUCAAAGAUUCUAUUUUUGAAAUUGGUGAGAGUUCAAACAGGUUUUACAAGAAGAGAGCCAAAUCUAAAAACCAGAAAUGGGUUGUGAAGAAGGGUAGUGAAAGCUCUAGCGAUGAUUCUGAUAGAUCAAAAUCAGAGGAGCUAUCUUCAGGCGAUGAAACUGAUUCCACAAAGUCAGUUGAGCCACAGGUUGUAUCAAAAUGUGAAGCUGAUGUAAAAAUUGAAAACUCAGUUCCGAGUGUUAGUGAUGAUGAGUUUCCAUCACUUAGUGCUGAGAAUUAUAAAAAGAAAAUUGGUAAAGUUGAGAUUUCUAACCAAUUUUAUCAUGAUGAACAGGAAUUUGAUGCUGAGAAGGUCUUUAACCCUAGGGUAAAACAUAUCUUUGGCAAAAUGAUUGAUCGAAAAGUCAAAGGGGUUAAGGAAUUUUACGAGAAGAAAACAAAGAAAGAAAAGGUUGAACCAUCCCUGGUUUGUGACUGGGAUGGUACAUAUUUUGAACAGUAAGUCUCAGGACUUGCCGGAGCUCCCAGGUUGGUACGCGUGGAGCAUGAAUCGGCAUCUUUCUCAGAAUUUUAUUCGGUAACGUCAAUCAUAAAAACGGUAAAGAGGUUUGUUUGUGAAUGUUUUACAAUUGGUACGGAGGUUUCUGAAAUGCAAAUGGUAAAUCAAGGACAUUAAGUUGUACUUGUAUUUUCCUACAUUGGUCGAAAGACAAGAUGAUGAACCACAUCCCCGAACAUUUGUUGGAUAUUUCUACAAAUGAUAAUCUACAAUUGGUAAAAUCAAUCAAACUUAUUUUCCGGAAAAACCAUUUUGAUUAAAACAAACUUAAGUGUUUUGAAAUCUAAAUGGGAAAAUAGUUUGUUGAUAGGGGGAGUUCUGAUUGUUUAUGCCUAGUGAAUGGCGAAUUGAGGAGAUUCGAUAUCAGUUGUCAUGUUCUGUAUAGUUUGUUUUCAAUUUUCAUUAGAUGUAUUUGAAUUUUAGGGGGAGUAAGAAUUUUUAGAGAAAAUCCAAAAACAUCAGAAAAUUUGAAAAAGUCAAAAACAUGAUAAAAUCAAAAAUGAGUUUUUGUUGCAUAAAAGAGGAAAUGAUAGUACAUCAGUGGACUAUCACAACACGCUAAAGAAUUGGAAAGUCAAAAUGUGAUAAACGAUCUUACUGUGGAUGUGUCAGUAGAUUUUUGCACAUUUAGUAAAUUGAAACGAGAUAUAAACCUAAAUCAAACUUACUUAAUUCGUGGGUAACUAUUCUUGGAUAUAUGGGUAACCCCCGAAAUCUUGUUUGAAAGGUCCCGUAUUCUGAGAUACUAGGUCUUUAUACUCAGUGAUAUCUGGGGUAUUAUCCCGGGACUUCUGCUGUAUGGAAGUACUGACCUAGUCCCCGGAUAAUACUUUCUGCAAAUGCUUGAAAAAGCGCCGCCCUCAGCAUGCUGAUGAAACAAUAAAAUUGAUAGUCGCUGCUGUUGAAAUGCAAAAAGAUCCUCUAAAGGGGACCCACCAAAAGUCGAGCCGUCAUCUCUCUGCUGAACGGAAGUUCUGACCUGAGCUCUCACGGUUUCGCAUUUAACCCCUUUACAGAUAUCAUCUGUGGUAUACUCACCUGUAAGACUGAAUAUUUGGGAUCUGGAUACAGGAGUAUAUUCAAGUGGAGUGAUACACAAUUAAGUUUAAGUCUCUAAAACAUUAAUUUCGUAUCUCGAAUCAAUUGAAAUUUGUGUGAAAAUUUAAGUGGACAAACAUACUGACAAUCUAGGUAAAUUGUUUAGAACUGAGAAUGUUUAAAGCUUAACGGUGUUGGUGAUUUGUCUCAAAACUGAUAUGAUCCUCUUGCACGAGCUCACAAAAAAUAUUGUUUGUAAAUAGUUUAUUUCUGCAUUUUAGUUUCUUUAUUUCAAAAUACAAAAAGAUUUUUGGUGUGUUUUAGCAUAAAUUUUGAAAAAGUCAAAAAGAUUUUCGACAGCUGAUGUUGAAUAGCUGAUUUUCAAAAUUCCGAGUGCUAAACAUGAUGAGCAAUUCUUGAGGGGGAGUGUGUGUGUGAGAUUAAGUGUUUUCAUAAUCUAACCUGUCAAGUGGUUCAUCAAAAUCUGUGUUUGUUUUGAAUGAGAAUCUGGAUUGAUGCAAUUUCAUAUGUUUAAAAUAUGUAUGUGAAAGAAAUUUACUCUGAGGUAGAGUUUAUGCAGGAAAGCCAGACGUCGAUCCUGAAGAUGUUACUGAAGAACAAAGGAAUGCCAGUAAAUCGAGAGUGGGAGUCUGAAGAUAGAGAGAAAGAAAGCCCAGAGACUCAUCAAGACUGAAGAUGUGAAGACACAGCAUUGUUGUGACUCGAUAGUCGACUCCAUCAACAUCUGAGGGGGAGUCUGUUGGUGCACUACAUCUGUUGAUUCCGUCUUAGAUCGAGUCUUUUAUUGUAUUGUAUAGAUUAGGGCGCUUUUACGAGAAAACUGGAGAGUUUAGACGUUUUAUAGUCUUGGACCGCUUAUUCGGACAUGCCGAAUAAGAGGUCCACCUCACAACUUCUUGGACCCCUUAUACGGACAUUCUUGGACCGCUUAUUCGUCACGUCCGUAUAAGAGGUCCACAAUUCCUAUAUAUACCAUAUGAGAGGUCCACAAUUGUAACUUUCCGGAUUCCAUACCGAGGUACUGCCGGUGUGAGAAUUGCAUGUAAAAAGCGUCAAAUUAAUGAGAAAAGAGAUUUAAAGUGA